GCAGUACGUGUACACAAAACUCCCGGCGUAAAAUCUUUCCGGAAUCCGCAUAUCACUUCACGCGCUCGCGGACUGGGGAAGGGCAAAUUUUGCGAUUUCAGGAAAGUCGUUUUGAAAGAACAGAGACAAUGAAUCUUACAUUUUGCAUCGUCAGCGCCCUUAUAUCACUGUGCAGUGCUACGGUUUACUUUCAGGACCAAUUUGAUGGCGACUGGGCAGAGAGAUGGGUGAAUUCGGAACACAAAGAUGACCUGGGAAAGUUCAAGUUGUCCGCUGGAAAAUUUUACAACGACCCGGAGAAAGAUAAGGGUCUGCAGACGAGCCAGGACGCCAAAUUCUAUGCCAUCUCCAGUAAGUUUGACUCCUUCAGCAAUGAGGGCAAGGACCUGGUGAUCCAGUUCUCCGUCAAGCACGAGCAGAAGAUCGACUGCGGGGGCGGCUACGUCAAAGUGUUCCCGGGCGACCUGGACCAGUCGGACAUGCACGGCGACUCGCCGUACAACAUCAUGUUUGGACCCGACAUCUGUGGACCAGGCACCAAAAAAGUCCACGUGAUCUUCAGCUACAAGGGAAAGAAUCUUCUGACAAAGAAAGACAUCAGGUGUAAGGACGACGAGUUCACCCAUUUGUACACCCUGAUUGUCCGCCCCGACAACACGUACGAGGUGCGCAUCGACAACAAGGAAGUCCAGAAGGGCAACCUGGAGGAAGACUGGGAUUUCCUGCCUCCCAAAAAGAUCAAGGACCCAGAGGCCAAGAAGCCAGAAGAUUGGGAUGACAAUGCCAUGAUCGAUGACCCCGAGGACACCAAGCCAGAGGAUUGGGAAAAGCCAGAGUUCAUCCCCGACCCUGAUGCCGUGAAGCCUGAUGAUUGGGAUGAUGAGAUGGAUGGAGAGUGGGAACCGGCUACCAUUAACAACCCGGAGUACAAGGGCGAGUGGAAACCCAAGCAGAUCGAUAACCCAAAUUACAAAGGCGAGUGGGUUCACCCGAUGAUCGACAAUCCCGAAUAUGAAGCGGACGACACACUUUACCUUUACAAAGACUUUGGCGUUCUAGGACUUGAUUUGUGGCAGGUAAAAUCGGGCACUAUUUUUGACAACUUCCUCAUCACAGAUGAUGUCAAGGAAGCAGAAAAACAAGCAAACGAUUUAUGGAAACCCACAAAGGAAGGCGAAAAGAAGAUGAAAGACAAGCAGGACGAGGAGGAGCGGAAGAAGCGGGAGGAAGAGGAAAAAAAGAGGAAAGAGGAAGAAGGGGACGACGAGGAUGAGGAAGGCGAAGAAGACGACGAAUUCGGUCUGAGCCCCGAAGACCUGGAAGGCCUGGAAGAGGGCGAGGACCUAGAGGCCGACGAGCCCCCAGAGGGCGACGCGGAUGAAGAGACACAAGCGAAGGACGAACUGUAGAGAAAGAGAGAGAGAAAGAAAGAGAAGAAAUUUGCAAAAUUAUUUAGGGGGCAGGGGAAUAUUUUGGGUUCACCUAGUUUAGUGUGGGAAACAAUUAAGUUAUGCUGCAAUACAUGGUCCUUGUGAUAACUCUUGCACAGUUUGUACAAGUCGUGGAGGUGUUCCCUUUCGUGAGUGGUCACACUUUUUAUUGGUUUGGUUGUUGCAGUUUGGGGUUUUUUUUGGGGGGGGGAGGUAUUUGAUAACUGCCUAGCACGUUUUGUCAUGUCCACAUUAAAAUCUGCAGCUUGACUUGCCCUAGGGAUGUUGAAUUAGUGCACUUUCAAUAUUUUAAUGGUGGGCACUGGAUGCAUCGAAAGUCUCCACUCCGCUACAGCAAGUCUCCAAAAAUAUUGCAAACACAAGUUCAGGCGUUUUUUGGUGCAUGUUGGUGAUAGUUUUUUAAUCCAAGGAGUGGAAUGUAUGCAGUAUUCGCAGUCAUGGAUGUUAAAAAUGGAUGUUACUGUCGUUCAGCCCAAGCUUCGUGCCACUGUAGAAGUGCUACCCAGUGAAGAGUGAUUUUGUUGCAGGCGGAUUGACCCCGAACUUGUAUUUCAUAAACUUACAAAUCUAAUACUGUAAAAAAAAGUACUUUUGUUGGCACAAAAUAUCAACCAUUCACAUUUCUUGGGCUGUGUUAUGAGUGGUCCAAUCAUUUGAUUUUAAAUUGUGGGGUCUUGAAAAAGUUGCUUUUCCUGUUAAAUUUUAUUAUUAAGUUGACAGUACGCCAAAUUAUUUUUAUGUAUCGAGGGAAACUUCUUCAGGCUAAAAUGAACGACAUCACCGAACAACCAAGUUUCAAGCACUGUACCUGCCUUUUUAUAACCCAUAAGGGUAUGGUCACGUCUGUUGUUAAAAGAGUUUUUGUUGCAACAGUUAAAACAUUUUGUGUAGAACAUCGGAGCUCACAAUACAAAGCGACCUUUGUUGACAAAAAAGACAGGUACUUGUGAUGUAUGAAGCAUAAAAUGAUUGAUUUGUAGAAUUUUGUUAAGUCCGCCUAACAAAUUAAGCCAGAAACUUUUUUGUAUGUUCUCAUCAAUUUGUCGAGGGGAGUUCACGCAGAUUGUUUUCCUGAGAGUGAUUUAGUGUUCGGGUUAUGCCCUGUUGAAGGUGUUCUGGAAUAAAAGGUCCCACCACUUCCCCAACGAA